GGAACAUUACUCCAGUAGCUGCCGAUCAGAGCAGUCAGGUUUCACCAGCUGCCGAUCAGUCUAGAGCUCAAACAUGACGUUCUGGCAGGAGAACUACUCCUUUAUCAAGGAGGUGUAUGAUACAAGGUACACGAAGAUGGUUGAAUGGAUGGAUAACGUGGAGAUGGCGAUCCAGAAGGUUUGCGCCAGCAAGGUCUACACCUCUGCAGAGUUUAAGCGGGAGAAGGAUAAUUUCCAAUCUCUUUGCAAGAACCUAGAGAGAGCAGAAACUAAAAGAUGGUUGACGGAGACACUUGAAACCUUGAUGAAGGAGAGAGCUGCUGACGAGCAGAAAGCUGAAUCCACGAAGCUUAAAUCUGUGAUGGAGAGACACAAGGCCCUGAUCCCUAAGAUCCAGGAGACCCUGGUCAAGACUGAAUGCUACUGGAAGUGCUACAGCUACGGAGAUGAUCUUAUUCCCAUCUUUGAGUUCAUCGAUGACCUGAGGAACAGAUCGGUGAAGGAGGUGUUCAGUGCUAACAACGAACAUACCGAGGAGCACAUUGAAAAGCAGGACAAGGUACUCAACCAGCUGGAGAACAAAAGGAAGAUGGUCAUGGACUUCAUCUCCAAGGGAGAGAAGUUAAUGGAGGAUCCCAACUGCCCGAAGUUCCUGGAGGGGCACGUCAAGAAGCUGAAGGAAGCCUGGGAGGAUACUAAUGAGAAAGCUCAGUCUCGAAAGAAAGCUCUGGUUGAUAAUCUUAACUCCUGGGAGACCUUUGAGGAGAAGAAGAUCGAAUGCCACAAACAGCUGGACGCAGCUGAUGCUGAAUUUGAAGCCAUCAAGAAGAUCUUUGAUCUUAGAGCAGGACCCCAGGAUUAUAACAUGAGAAUGAAAACAGCUUCUAUGUUCAGAACUAACAUUGAGGAUAUUUUCAACACUUGCUCCGGUGCGAAUGAUAUUCUCCAGGUUAUGCUACCGGAUGAGAAGAAACCGGAAAUGAACGAUCAAACCUCAGAACUCAAGACUCGAAUGGACAUCCUUGCAAAGAUUGACGAACGACUUGCCUUCAUUGAUGACUUCAACAAAAGGCUGAAUAUCUUCGAUGUUGGAGUUAAGGAGAUGGAGAACUGGUUGGGAGAAGGACGUAAAAGGUUGGAUUUGAUCAAGACUCCACCAGAGGAAAUGUCUCCAGAAGAUAGAGUUACAAAGUCCAUGGAGCUCCAGGAGGAUCUUAAUAAAAAAUCUGAGUUCACUAAAAAGCUUGAGGUUGAGAAAGACGACAUUUUCCCUAAAUCUGGAGAAAAGGUUUCCUCCGAUGCUAAGAAGUUUAUUGAGCGUCUGAAGAAGGUCCGAACCACCCUGAAUGCUCUUGAUGAUGAAGUGAGUGCUGAGUGCGCCAAGUUCUCUGAAGAUGUCAAGUUCUGGGCUGAGUUCCAAACCGGACUCAAGGUAUUCGAACCUUGGAUGAAGAAUGCUGAGCUCAGGAAGAUCAGUGGACUCAAGAAACCUAGCAGCCUUGUUGAAGCUUGUGAAAUCCUCGGAGACAGUAAGAACCUCCAGGACGAGGCCGAGGCUAAGCUCCGUGUGCUGGAAGAGGCUGCUUCUGCAGCCCAGAAGAUGACCUCACAUCAUGAGGCCGAUAUUAAGGUUGAAGGGUUUAAAAAGAGGUGGACGGUUGUGCAUGAAUGUUUCCAGGAGUGGGUUGCAAGAAUGACAACUCUGGUUGAGUGCUGGAACAAGCUGGAUGGAAAUGUUGGAGAACUAAGCUCCUGGGUCGCUACAAAGGAUUCCUCUGCUCCCGAAGGUUCCUCCGAGAUAUCAAUUGAACAACUUGAAACCCAACUCAACACACUUAAAACCAUGUUUGCUGAGAAGCAAAAACUGGUAUCCGACCUGGAUGCUUAUGGACCUGCCGGAGCAGUCGUCCCAGCUCCGGUAGCAGUUGCUCCAGUAGAGGCUCCAGCUGCUGAGUUAGCAGCUGAAGUCCCCGCAGCUUCAGAAGAAGCUGCCCCUGCAGAAGCAGUUCCGGUUGAAUCAGCGGCCUAAACUUUAUCUUACCAAUUGUAUUCGUAAACAGCUCAUUCUGUGCAUAAUUUUGUCAUACUUUUCUUAUUAUCCAUACAACAAUAUAUUAUAAUAAAUAUCUCUAUAUAUAGA